GACCUUUAAAGCACACACAGAGGCGGUCAGAUGUUCUCCCUCCUGCUGAUCCUCCUGGCCGUCCCGCUGGCCGACGGCUGCCGGAUUGCCCCCAGCACCGAGUGUGAGAAGCCUCAGUUUGUCCCAGGACACAACCUGGUGGGAGAGGGGUUUGAUAUCGUCCGGAUGAAGACCAGCGGAGCCUUCGUGGUGAACGUUAGAGACUACAUGAAGGGUGGAGAUCAUGGAAACUGCACCAUCUGCUUCAACCGGCUGCUGAACUUGGAGCAGAAGCUGCCGGUAUCUGUGCUGGACUGGAGGGUGAAGGUCGACUGCCACCGCAGCAUCAGCGCCAAGGUGUACGAGUCCAGCAGCUCCGUGCUGAAGGAGACCUCCAGCUCCACCUCCAGCAGCUGGAAGGUGGGCCUUGGCAUCCCCUUUGUCGCCAGCAUGGCUGUGGGAGGCACUCACUCUCGAUCCUCCAGAUUCGUCCAGAGGCACUCGUCAAAGGACAAAUUCUCCUACACCAGCCACGAGUUCUCCUGCAAAUACUACUCGUUCCGCCUUCAUUCCCGUCCGCCUCUGACCAAAGAAUUCCUCGGCUCCAUCAAAACUCUUCCUGCUCAGUACAACAGGCAGUCUAAAGCCAGAUACGAGAGCUUCAUUUCCACCUACGGCACACAUUUCCUGCGGCAGGUGGACCUGGGCGGCCAUGUGCACUCCACCACCGCCGUCCGCACCUGCCAAGUGUCCAUGACCGGCCUGUCAGUGCAGGACGUCAGCAACUGUCUGUCAGUGGAGGCUUUGGCCAUCAUCAAGGGCGUUAAUGUGGACGGGCAAACAAGCUACUGCAAAAACAAAGGUAAGAAGCUGCAGAACAGGAACAGCUUCUCUGGAUCCUUCCCAGACCGGGUCACUGAGGUUCUGGGAGGAGAUGGAGGUCACAGUGACAUUCUGUUCACUCCAGACAAUCAGAAUGGCUACACCGCCUGGUUCAACACGCUGAAGACGGCCCCCGGAGUGGUGUCCUAUAGGCUGAGUUCUCUCCACAUGCUGGUUCGGAAGGACACGGUAAGAAGAACCAGCCUGCAGAAGGCCAUCAGAGCGUACAUCAUGAAGAGUGCCAUCUCCCUGUCCUGUUCCUCCAAGUGCAAGAACGGACGCAGGAUCAACUGCGCCUGCAAGUGCAGCGGCCAUCAGAGGAUCGACUCUAACUGCUGCCCCAGCCAGCCAGGCAUAGCCACCCUCACGGUCACAGUGGAGCGAGCGGCGGGACUCUGGGGAGAUUACUUUUCUAGAACCGAUGGAUAUGUCAAGAUCUUCUACGGAAGUCAGGCCGACACCACUUGGGUUAUCUGGAACAACAACUUCCCCGUCUGGAACCACGUCAAAAGGUUUGAAACUGUGGAUCUGACAAAGAGAAGGCUGGUAUGGUUUGAGGUGUGGGACCGUGAUAACAGGUGGGAUGAUGAUCUUCUGGGUAGAGCGGCUCUGGUGCCCAACCAAGGCUACAACAUGAAGAAGAGUUUCCGUCUGAAGCACGGCACGCUCUACGUCUCAGUCACUGCGGUCUGCGGCCCGCACCUGAGCGGCCCAGUGUGUGAAAAAUACGUCCCGUCGCCCACAUCCGAGGACCGCCUCACCUACCUGAAUGCCUUAGAGGGUCACAGGCCCACCUUGAUUCAGGGACCCUACGAGCCGGUGCGGAACAGCAGCUUCCUCUGAGCUUCAGGCUCAAAUACAUGCUGCAUGUCAAGAGUUCCAAGAUGCCAAAUGAUGUCUGAUUCCUGCUGUUGCUUUUUUAAUGAAAUUAUUUUACUCUGUAAAGGCUCAGUGAUCAUAUAGCAGCUCUGUUCUAAUGCUCUGCUUAGCCUGUCCCGUCAUUGUCAUUAGGCUUAACUAGUAUCUCCAGCAGCGCCGUGGGGACCGCUGCUCAGGGGGGUUGAAUUUUAGUCCUACAAAGUUUAGUUCCAACAGCAGCUAAAAGUA